AUGAACAUCCAGAAUCAGACACGGGUGGCAGAGUUUGUCUUCCUGGGAUUCUCAGGUGUCCCUAAAGGCCAGAUGUAUCUCUUCCUGGUGUUCCUCACAAUCUACUUGGUUACCCUAAUUGAGAACACCACAAUAGUCACCCUGAUCCAACUGGAUUCCCGUCUGCACAGCCCCAUGUACUUUUUCCUCAGCCACUUGUCCUGCCUGGAUGUCUGCUACUCAUCCGUCACCGUCCCCAAGAUCCUGACCAAUUUUCUUCGCCAGAAACCAACCAUUUCGUACAACCAGUGCAUGGUGCAGAUGUUCUUCCUGAUGACGUUUGCAGGAUCGGAGUGUGCCUUGCUGGCCAUCAUGGCCUAUGACCGCUAUGCCGCCAUUUGCCAACCACUGCGCUACAGUAAUCUCAUGAGUAGUCAAGUCCGUGUCCCUCUGGCUGUUUUUUCAUGGCUAUGGGGCCUCCUGAACUCAGCCCUUCACACCUCUCUGGCCACCAAUCUGUCAUUCUGUGGGGCCAACCAGAUUGACCACAUAUUCUGUGAUGUCCCACCACUCCUGAAAAUCGCCUGCACCGACACCUAUGUCAACGAGAUGACUCUUCACCUGGCCAGCAUCUUCAUAGGUUUGAGCCCUUUCUUGUUCAUCCUCCUGUCGUACGUCUACAUCCUGGCCGCCAUCUUGCGAAUUCGCUCCAACACGGGCCGGCGCAAGGCCUUCUCCACCUGUGCUUCCCACAUGAUUGUUGUAUUUGUUUAUUUUGGGAUGGCAAACUUGAACUACAACCGCCCCAGUGCUGGCUACUCCUUGGAGAUCGACACCCUGAUCUCCACGCUGUAUUGUAUCAUGACACCCAUGCUGAACCCCCUCAUCUACAGCCUCCGCAACAAGGAGGUGAAGGGGGCCCUCUGGAAGGUGUUGGGGCUGCAGGGGAAGGAAUCCACCUCCAACUGGCUGAAGGCAUAG